UCCAUAUUACAGAGAGAUCAUAUUCCCCAUGCUGAAGGCUCAGGAGAAGUCCGGAGGGCAAACAGGCACUGAGAUCCUCCUGGAGGCGAUGUCCAAAGAUAAAGUCCACCUGGCCAGGUUCGUCCUGGACGCGCUAGAUGGAGAAAUUGUGGACUCCAAAACAAAGAGCGCACAGACGCCCCUCAUCUCCUCCAUCCUGCUGCCUGACAGUCAGACUCGGUGUAAGUUUGUAGAGCUCCUGCUGCACAGAGGAGCCAAUGUCAACUGUCAGGACGGCAGCGGGCGCACUGCGCUCAGCUACGCCUGUGAGAAAGGCUACCUGGAUGCUGCGAAGAUCCUGGUCCGAAACAAUGCAGACCCGGAGAUUGUGGACGCCUGGGGGAACACCGCGCUAAUGUACGCCGCAGUCGCAGGUCACUCACCUGUGGUGGAGUUUUUGGUGAGAGCUUUCAAGAGGCUGGGUCUUCAGAUAGACAGGCAGAAUAAAGUUGGAAACUCUGCUGUGGAAGUGGCGAAGUUUCUCGGCCACACAGAGUGCAUCUCUGCGCUGACCAACACCUCCAGGAGGGGCCGUGAGGCUGAGGGAAGCGCGCAGGGAUGUGGCGAUGUAAACGACAAGUUUGAGAGGAAAGUUGGACACUUAGUGAAUAAACUCGAGGUGCUUCAGACGUGUGAUCACGCAGAUUGUCAGUUGAUGCAAAACUGCUCUUGGCAACCAAGGCCUCGGAUAAAACAGAGCCGGCUGUCAUCGAUGGACUCUAUAGAGGAGUUUGAAAGAGAGAAUGACGACUCAUCUUCGCCUCCACCGGAGCUGGUCUUCUCACAAGUCCUAACCCCUAAACCCCCUCAACAUUCUCCCAACUCUAAGCAUGCUAAAACCGGGGAAAGGCUGACCACCUCUGAUGAUCACCUCCCUCCUCUUAAACAGAGCUGCGAGGCGUCAAAAUCUAUGUUCUUCUCCCCCCGGCCCGGCAGAAACACCCGCAAACCCAGCGCGCCCUCAGCUCUGGGCAUCUUACUGGCUCCCAUUCUUACCAACAAAAGUGAGACUGAUCCAGGGGCAGAAAAAUCAAAAAUGCUGGACUUCGGUACGCGCAGAUUUUACGACAACUACUAUCAGAAGAGAUGCAGUCUACCAACCAGUAUCCUCAGCCCCACACCUCCGGACCGCACGCUGGUGCCCGCGCGUAAAUCCAAAACCAUCAGGAGGCGCGAUGCGUCUCCCUGCAAGGCUGAGCCUCCUCUGUUCACCGCACCCACCGCCGCUCCUUCAAACAGCACCUUCUCGGUGUUGAGCAACAAACUCUUACGCCGAUUCACCUCCCCGGAGAUUAAGAAGGACGCGAAAGAGUUGGAGAGCAAUCAGCUGUUCACGUCAGGACGCAUUCCGCGGUCAGAAACUUUUCCUCAGGACAUGAAACAUCCGCAGGUGGGCAGUAAACCCAGCAUCGACAGCAUCAGCAACGUCAAGUGUGAGUUUGACACUCAGUUUAAAAUUCCAAACUCUUAGAAACCAAAGUGCGCCAUGCGUAAAAAGUGUUUGUACUCAUCCGCCACUAAUUUAACGAACAGAGCUACAUCAGAGCGAUAAUCUGUUCCAAUCAGUUUCGCUAAAUUCCCCUCCAAAUGUGUUUUGUGAUCCUCGGUGACCUUCAAAACUCUUCUCCUUACUGCACAACAAAGUGUUAACAAUACAUCCACCCUGCAAAAGUUACCAACGCUACCAACUGAAGAAAACAGGGAGUAAAAACGACACUAAAUGUUUUUAACUGCAACUGAAUCAGUGAAAAAUCAACAGAAGCUCAAACUAAUUUGCGUAAACUGUGCCAGCAGCUGCCAGCUGGACACUGCAGCACAGAGUGAAACGCAAAACUUGUAGUUUCAGUGUAUAAAGGUCGCUCCUGUGUUCAGCAGCAUUUGCCACUCCCUUCAGAGUGGGUGGGGGUUGCAUCGAAGGUGGAGGGGUGAUAAUAAAUUAUUUAAUUGUGCUGCAUGUUUCUGUAUCUCAAAGAAAAAAAGAGGCACUCAAUCAGAGAGCAUCACAGUGGACAGUAUUUACAUUUAAAAAAAAAAAGAUUCAUGUCAGAUCUUAGAGUCGUUUUUGUUCUCUGGUUUGGGUUUUGGUGAGCACACUUAUACUGGGUAAUUAGUAUC